AUGAGCGUCUUGCGAAGAGAAGGCUCUGAGAGCAGAGCUAGUGACGUGUGGAAGGAAAGCCAUGCCUCCAAAGACGCCAAAGAGCAUCUGGACAUCGGAGAUCCGGGAAGGUCGACGGAUCCGAGUGGGGAGCUGAGAUCACCAUUGAAGGAGAAGGGGGUGAAAGCUGAGAUCGCAGCAGAAGUUCUGCUGCUAAGAGGGAGGGUGCUGUCGAGUUUGCCUGUGAAGAGAUGCUUCAAGUUGUUUGUGGGAGGGUACGCCGAAGACUUCGCCAUGGAGAGGACGAGGCUGCACAUGAAUGUGUUCCCAAGGCUGUACGCGUUCUGCAUGGAGUCAGGGAUAGACUUCGAUGUGGUGGACAUGAUGCAUGGCGCUAACGACCUCCUUCCUCCAGAGCCAAACUUCGCUCAGGUCUGCUUGCAAGAGGCCCAGGACUGUCUCGACCAUUCUACAGUAGGGUUGCGGUACUUGGCCAUGGUGGGGAACAAGGUGGGGCACGUUCCGUUCCCCGCGAAGCUGUCGAAGCAUGCCUUCACAGACAUCAUCAACAUCGUCAACGAGGAGGACAAGGAGCUGUUGAGAGCCUGGUACCUGCCCGAUGAAGACAGCUACCCGCUCUACUACAAGUUGCAAACGCCUCUGUGUGCUGCUGAAGAGAUAGCAAGAGGUGCUGAUAUCGAGGAUCUCGGGCCCGAAGACAAGCUGAGAGCCUUCACAAACUAUCGGGCAGUCCAGCAGUCGCUGCGGAGGAUCUUCCUGCAGGCCGUCCAGCUGCUUCAUGUCAGUGACUACAACAAGUGCCUGCUGCAGAGUGAGCUGGAACUGUUCCUGGAGGGGAAGAGCGGCGGUCAAGGCAGCGUGAUGAGUUUGCGGUACAUCCGAGGGAUCAACAACAAGGACGGAAGAGCCAAGAUCUACAAGGAUCUUGAGAAGGACGGGCUGGACAGCAGCUGGACUGCCUAUAUAGACUGGAUCCACCAGAAUCGAGCUCAGCAGCUGCUGGGGUCGGGGAAGCAGAUAGUGAGGUCGACGAUCAACUGGACCCCCUUUGGCGUGACCGACUUCAACGAGCAGCACAAGCAGCAGCAGCAGCAGCAGCAGCAGCAGCAGCAGCAGCAGCAGCAGCAGCAGCAGCAGCAGCAGCAGCAGCAGCAGCAGCAGCAGCAGCAGCAGCAGCAGCAGCAGCAGCAGCAGCAGCAGCAGCAGCAGCAGCAGCAGCAGCAGCAGCAGCAGCAGCAGCAGCAGCAGGCCUACUUGGAAGGAAUCGAGCAGAACUUGUUUCAGUUACUUCAGGAGAGCAUAGAGAUGGACUUGAAGAUGAAAAGCUCAAACUUUACACCAGAUUAUGUCGACUUUAUCCAAGAGGUUCGCAACCAUUCCGUUCACGCUGCCCGGCUCGCCUCCGGCUGCUUUCCCGUCCCAGAGUUUGAAACCUUGAUGGGCAUGCUGACAAAAACAAAUACAACAAACACAGGUGAAAGCAGCCCGAUCUUCCUCGUCGGCCCUCCAGGGUCGGGCAAGUCGACCAUCCUUGCCUCCCUUGCCUCCCGUCUCUCAGCCUCCUCCUCCACCUCCACUCAGUCUCCUCGCUACGGCUCCGUCUUCGCUUCCUCCAGCGACCUCUCCCCCUUCGGCAACAUGGACGAGGAAGGGAGGACCCAGCUGGUCAUCAGCAGGUUUGCCAACAUCUCCCAGCAGUCGCAGUCAGCUAGGGGCCUGCUGGGGGGGAUCUUACAGCAUCUUAAGAUAUGCCUGAACCUGUUCCUGGACGGCUGCUGGGAAAGUCAGUCGGUGAAGGAGUUUAUGAGCAGAGAGCUGGAGCAGGAGCCGUAUGAGACUCUCCUGCUCUACUUCCCCUUGUGCCUCAGAGAAGCUGCACAAGUGUUCAACCUCAUCAUCCUGGUCGAGGGGACCGACGAGUUCUCAACGGAACACCACCCAGAGAAAAUCUUCGAGUGGGUUCCCAGCAGAAUCCCAGCUAACGUCAAAUUGGUGGUGUGUAGAAACUGCUGA